ACCGCUAUCGAUAUCACGAUCACCACGACAACAGGACGCUGCUAGCUGCUCGACCUCCCGAUCCCGUCAAGCUAAUCAAGGUCAAAUUACCCCCUUUUCUUCAAGAGAAUAGGAUGGAAUUUCUGUAUAAGACAAAUACAUCCAUCAUUCUUUAACUGCUUCAUAAGAAAAAAAAGGAAAAGAAAAAUGGAGCAUGCACUGACGAAGCAGAGCACCCUUCCUGCAGAGCCUUUACCAGGAACAAAGAGCUUACGCUCAGGUAGCAUAGGUAGCCUUGGAACAGAACUCACUGCCGGUACUAAGAGCUUACACAUCUUAGAUGAUGCUGAGCGAAAAGAUAAGGAAGAGCAGGAACUGAAUGAGAAAGUGGAAGCACUCUUACUAGACAAAGUUAAGAAAGGAGAUCCAGUCGCCACCUUUCAGCUUGCUCAAUUCUACUUUGAACAGGAAAGAUACAAAGAGGCUAAGAAGUACUUCUAUGACAUUAGAGAGAAUGAUCUACAGGCGCAAUACCAGCUGGGCAUCAUUUACUUUGAUGGAAUUGGAACGGAGAAAGACAUGAAAAGGGGUUUUGAGUACAUGAAGGAUGUGGCAGACUCGGAUGCUAAAUGGGCUCAGCAUCUGUUACCAUUUGCUCAGUACAACAUAGGACGUGCGUAUUUUGAGGGUUGUGGUGUCAAGCAAUCAGACCGUGAAGCAGAGAGGUAUUGGAUCCUAGCAGCAGACGAUGGGAAUCCUAAAGCAAGUAUCAAGGCUCAAACAGCUCUAGGAAUGCUUUACUGCAGAGAUGACACAAGAGAUCUUAAAAAGGCUUUCUUCUGGCAUUCUGAAGCGACUGGAAACGGGAGUCUAGAAUCACAAGGAGCUCUUGGGAUUCUGUAUGCCACAGGUCAGGGUUGUAAGAAGGACGUAGACUCUGCAUUUGAGUGUUUGAAGGAAUCUUCCGAACGAGGGAACGUGUAUUCCAUGGGUCAUUUAGUGGCUCACUAUUACUCUACCAAGCUCUAUACCAAGGCUGCAGAACUAGCUGCAAGAUUGUCCCAGGUUGAUAACUUUGAGGAGCUCAGUAAAGCUACAGACUGUCUACCGGUAUUCGUUGCUAAAGGCGUGGCCAUGGCAUGUUUCUACUACGCUAGGUGUCUUCAUCUAGGUCAUGGGGUCAAGAAAGACAAAGACCUUGCACAACAUUACUACUCUAGAGCUUAUCAGUUUGAUGGAGCAACCACUCAGAGGCUACAGAACAUGGUUACACAUGGACAAAUAUAAACACAAUUGGUAUAUUAUCAUCUUGAUCAAAGAUAUACAUUUUCAAUGCCUUUAUAGUUACGGAUUGAGCACAGAAGCAUGAACAAAUGUUCUAAAGAUCAAAUCAAUAAAACGAACAAAGCAAUAAUGCUAUCAAGUUGUAUAUUAAGUGUACCUCAUUACUGCCAUAUAAUAAUGCCUCAUGUAGUGAAAAGGACUGGUUCUUUGAAACAUUUAAAAUGAAAUGAUGUUGAAUUAGGUCCAAAGUCACAUUCAAACAAAUGACAAUGAAAAUCUAUACUGAGUGAAGUGUGUCUCACAAAAGAAUAUAUUUAUGUGAUUUAGGCAUGUUUUACUUUUUAUUUUCUCAAUUUUUGUCUAACAGACAUAGAAAGCAAGAUACAUGUAUCAUAAGAACAUAUUCUUUUUCAUAAGAAAUACUGUUAGUUAUUUUGAUUCAAACUGACCUUUAUAUUUUCUUAACAACUUGAGAAGAUUUGUAGAAUUAAAAUACAAGAGGCGUUCAAUAAUGUUCAAUAGCAUUUGUAAUAUCUUUCCAUCAAAACAUAGAACCUACCUUAUAAAAUAUUAAUUUGUAUGAUUUAUUGUCCUUUGCUCAAGUUGACUGUAAAUAUUAUAUAUUUAUUAUUCCCAGGGCAUUAUGUCAUCUGCUUAAAGAAGGCUAUAAUGGUCAAUUGUGAUUUAAGCUUCAUUUUCAUUUGACAAAGAGUGUUAAGCUCUUUCUAGUCAUGAACACAGCAAAGCAGACUUCAAAAUUUUGUGGGAUUGUUAACUUUACUUUCCUUUACUCCUACUAGUGUGAUGAAAUGUGCAAAGCUUUAGUUCCAUGGUGUCUUAUUCAGUCUAAUAGGCUUCUUGUCUCACUGGCUUUCCACCUGCUUGUAGAAAUCUUCUUAUUCUGUAUAGUCUCUUGAACGCACUAGCCUUUCUAUAUAUCUAAAUUAUAUUGGGAUAUACAUUGAAGUAAAAGUGUUGUAUAUAGAAACAUUGUUAUAAACUACAUGUAUAAUGUGCCUUUGACUUUAAUUUCACACUCGUACACUACCAAAGUACAUGCCAGUAGGCUGUGAACAAAAUGUGCCUUUCAGAGUUUCUUCUGUAGUGCCUUGAUUUAUGAUUGUAUUAUUUUUUCACACUUUCUCCAAAUUAUCCUUUUUAUGGAUAUGUUUACUAUGUAUUUGGACUGUCAAAUUUCUACUGAAUUCUUCAAAUUGUACAUAGAUUUAUUAUUUAAAAAGAUACUUCAAUAUGAAUAUGUUGUUUUAAGAAUGCAAUAAUGUUGAGUUUAUUAAAGUGAAGUUGACAAAUAUGAACAAUGAAGGGAGUUAAAUAUUAUUUCUUACAGAGGUAAAAAAAGAGUCUAUUAAAAUAAUGACUGAAUUGAUUCUGAUGAAUGUAAUCAACAGGGAAAUGGUCUAAUAAGGUAUAGCCAUUACAAUUUAGAGUACUUCAGAUGUACUGAAAAAUUGAAUAGACUAUUUAAUCCAAAUUAUUUUUUUAAUUGAAUGAGUACAUCGUUCAAAUGUAUCUAUAUAUUGUUCAGCAUAAAAAGAUCUUGAUAACAUUUAAA